AUCUUUAACUGGUAGCAGUUCACUCGGCUGGGGAAACAAUCUUCCAGAGCAAUGGUCCCAAAUACUUCCAUUCACCGAUUGUUCUCCCCACACGUUGCAAUCUGCCGCUGGACCUCGACUGCUGCAAAUGGUGUGACAUUUGCUGUAUCUUCUCCCGCAGCCCAUAUCGGCGCCUUCCUUUCUAAGAAGCCAUAUACGCCGCCGUCCUGGGCCUCAGACCUCUCCCUCGUCCCGUCCCACAAAUUCACCCUCGGCCAAUUUCCAACUCCGAUUCACAAGUGGAACCUCCCCAAUUUGCCGAAAGACACAGAAGUAUGGAUCAAGCGGGAUGAUCUUGCUGGAAUGGAACUGAGUGGCAACAAAGUUCGGAAGCUCGAAUUUCUGAUGGCAGAUGCCGUCGCGCAGGGUGCCGACUGCGUUAUUACUGUCGGUGGUAUCCAGAGCAACCAUUGCCGAGCCACUGCCGUGGCUGCCAAGUAUGUUAAUCUUGAUUCAUAUCUGAUACUAGCUACCUCCACGCCUCUUGUGGAUAAAGAUCCUGGUUUGGUUGGUAAUCUACUUGUCGAGAGAUUGUUGGGAGCGCACAUUGAUCUUGUCUCAAAAAGAGAAUUUGUUAAAUUUGGGAGUGUGGCUUUAACUGAUUUGCUAAAAAAGAGACUUCUGGAAAAAGGACGGAAGCCGUAUGUGAUUUCUGGUGGUGGAUCCAACUCAUUAGGACAUUGGGGAUAUAUUGAGGCAGUAAGAGAGAUUGAGCAGCAAAUUCAGUUAUCUUGUGAUAUUCAGUUUGAUGACAUUGUUGUUGCAUGCGGCAGUGGUGGAACUGUUGCUGGUCUUGCUUUAGGAUCGCAAUUGAGUAGCUUAAAGGCAAAAGUCCAUGGAUUCUCUGUUUGUUAUAACUCUCGAUACUUCUAUGACAAUGUUCAAGGUCAUAUUGAUGAACUUCAUCCUGGUUUGAAUUCCCAUGAUAUAGUCAGCAUUGAAGAUGCUAAGGGCUUAGGUUAUGCCAUGAGCACAGCUGAGGAGCUUAAAUUUAUAAAGGAUAUAGCUGCAGCAACUGGCAUUGUGCUUGAUCCAGUCUACAGUGGGAAGGCAGCAUAUGGUAUGCUGAAAGACAUGUCCAGCAAUCCAACCAAGUGGAAAGGGCGAAAGGUCCUCUUUGUCCAUACUGGUGGUCUCCUUGGGUUGUAUGAUAAGGUGGAUCAGCUGGCAUCUUUAGUUGGGAGCUGGCGCAGAAUGGAUCUUGAAGAAUUUGUCCAUGCAAAGAUGGCACUCAGAAAGGUGGCCUAAGUGUCCAAUCGCCUACGAAGAUGUCUCUGGCUAGAGAUUAACACCUGUUAGUUCUGCCUCAGAAGGUGCUGAGAAUGCCCUGGAGUAAAAACUGAACCAUUCCUUUUAUGGUGGCUGUUAAUUCUCUUAUGAGAAGUGCUCUUGUUUUUGUGCCCAGACCUUACACUUUAGUUGCACUACGAUUUUGCAAAUGCUUCUUGUCGUAUUUUCCUUUGUUGCUGGUUUUGUGUUAUGUUGCUUUAUU